AUGACGCCCAUGCAGAGGUUGCUGCAGCUGCCGGUGAACGCGGUCGGCAUGGUGAAGGCGACGCAGGGCGAGGAGGAGGCCAGGAGCCCGGUGCUGACAGCCGACGGCCUCCAGCAGGCGUGCUAUAGCACCGUGCGGCCCAAGGAGGCCAGGGAGCAGGAAGAGCAGGAAGAGCAGUGCUCGCCGGAGGAGAGAAGCUCCAGCGCCCAGGCACAGCCUCUGCGACAUGAUGACUUGAAGGAAAUGCUGGAUAGCAACAAAGAUUCCCUGAAGCUUGAGGCCAUGAAGAGGAUUGUUGCAAUGAUAGCCAGGGGGAAAAACGCUUCAGACCUCUUCCCGGCAGUGGUGAAGAAUGUGGCCUGUAAGAAUAUCGAGGUGAAGAAGCUGGUCUAUGUGUAUUUGGUCCGAUAUGCUGAGGAGCAACAGGACCUUGCACUGCUCUCUAUCUCCACCUUCCAGAGGGGGUUAAAGGACCCGAACCAGCUGAUCCGAGCCAGCGCUCUGCGGGUCCUCUCCAGCAUCAGGGUCACCAUCAUUGUGCCCAUCAUGAUGCUGGCCAUCAGGGAGGCUGCAUCGGACAUGUCGCCCUAUGUACGCAAGACCGCCGCCCACGCCAUCCCCAAGCUCUACAGCUUAGACCCAGACCAGAAAGACCAGUUGAUCGAAGUCAUCGAGAAACUCCUCGCUGACAAAACUACGCUGGUGGCGGGGAGCGUGGUGAUGGCAUUCGAGGAGGUCUGUCCUGAGCGCAUAGACCUCAUCCACAAGAACUACCGCAAGCUCUGCAACCUGCUGAUCGAUGUGGAGGAAUGGGGCCAAGUGGUGAUCAUCAACAUGCUCACACGUUACGCCCGCACGCAGUUCCUCAACCCCAACGCCAACGAGUCCCUGUUGGAGGAGGGCACGGAGAAGGCCUUCUACGGCUCCGACGAAGACGAGGGGAAGGAGGAGAAGGUGGAAGCUGCCGCCCUGGUGGCCAAGAGGAAGCCCUACGUGAUGGAUCCCGACCACAGGCUGUUGCUACGCAACACCAAGCCCCUUCUGCAGAGCCGUAAUGCAGCCGUGGUGAUGGCUGUGGCCCAGCUGUACUUCCACUUGGCCCCCAAAGCAGAAGUUGGGGUCAUCGCCAAGGCGCUGGUUCGCCUCAUGAGGAGCCACAGCGAAGUCCAGUACGUCGUGUUGCAGAAUGUGGCAACCAUGUCCAUCAAGCGAAGAGGGAUGUUUGAACCCUAUCUGAAGAGCUUCUAUAUCCGGUCCACAGACCCAACCCAGAUCAAGGUCCUCAAGUUAGAAGUUUUGACCAACCUGGCAAAUGAAACCAACAUAUCCACUAUUCUGAGAGAAUUUCAGACUUAUAUUAAAAGCAUGGACAAAGACUUUGUCGCUGCCACCAUCCAAGCGAUUGGCCGCUGUGCCACCAGCAUUGGGGAGGUUAGGGACACCUGUCUCAACGGGCUGGUUCAGCUGCUGUCCAACCGGGAUGAGCUGGUGGUGGCCGAGUCAGUUGUGGUGAUUAAGAAGCUUCUGCAGAUGCAGCCUGAGAGGCACAGCGACAUCAUCAAGCACAUGGCCAAGCUGACGGACAACAUCCAGGUCCCCAUGGCCCGAGCCAGUAUCCUGUGGCUCAUCGGUGAGUACUGCGAGCACAUCCCGAAAAUCGCUCCCGAUGUGCUGAGGAAGAUGGCCAAGUCCUUCACCAAUGAGGAGGAUAUUGUCAAGCUGCAGGUCCUCAAUCUGGCUGCCAAGCUCUACCUGACCAACUCCAAGCAGACCAAGCUGCUGACUCAGUACGUGCUCAACCUGGCCAAGUAUGACCAGAACUAUGAUAUCCGAGACCGGGCUCGCUUCAUCCGGCAGCUCAUCGUGCCCACUGACAAGAGUGGCGCGCUCAGCAAGUACGCCAAGAAGCUGUUCUUGGCGCUCAAGCCAGCCCCUGUGCUGGAGUCUCCCUUCAAAGACCGGGAUCACUUCCAGCUGGGCUCGCUCUCCCACCUGCUGAACGCCAAGGCCGGCGGUUACCAGGAGCUGCCCGACUGGCCCGAGGUGGCCCCAGAUCCAUCUGUGCGCAAUGUGGAGCUACAGGAGGUCAUUUCCACCAGCAGGGGGCGGAUCGGCUCGCUAGGAGGCUGGCCAGAGGUUAUUAUGCUGCUCGAAAGAGUCACAGCCUUAACCAGAGUUCCUGAGUGGACCAAGUGCAGCAGCCGUGAGAAGAGAAAGGAGAAGAAGGUGGAAAAGCCCUUCUACUCGGACUCAGAGGGAGAGUCCGGACCCACAGAGUCGGCAGACAGCGACUCGGACACGGGCAGUGGGACUGGCAGCGGCAGCGAGGAGAGCGGCUCAGAGUCGGGCAGCGAGGAGAGCGAGGGCGAGUCGGAGUCAGACAAGGAGGAGGAGGAGGAGAAACACAAGAGGAAGAGUAAGAGCAGAGCCAAGAAGAGCACACAGGAAAGCGAGGGAAGCGAGCCCAGCAGCGAGGAUGAGAGGAAGAAACCGCCAAAGGGCAAAGGGCCCAAGGCUGCGUCAGACUCCGAGUCGGAGGAGGAGGAAGAGGAGGAGGAGAGCUCCUCGGAGAGCAGCGAGAGCGAGUCCGAGGGGGAGUCGGAGUCUGACACAGACACCAGGAUGAAGCAGAAGACCUGUGCUUCCAAACCACCCCCAAGACAACCGAAGAAAGAGACGGAAAUGUCUCUGCUUGAUCUUGAUGAUUUCGAACCCACACCAUCCCCACAGGUGACCCCUGUGAAUAACUUCGUGUCCAGCAGUCUGGUGACAGAUCUUGAGGGAUUGUCCCUGUCGGAUUCGGCACUGUCCCCGGCGGCCGUCAGCCCUGCGUCGGGCCCAGUGAAGAGCUACGAGCUACUGCACCGCAUCACGGGCGAGGGCCUCUCUGUCAGCUACUGCUUCAGCCGACAGCCCUUCAGCCAUGAUCCCCACAUGGUCUCCGUGCAGAUGCAGUUCACCAACAACGGCGACACGGAGGCACGCAACCUACGCAUCCAGGAGCCCAAGCUGCAGUCUGGAAUGCGCAUCGCAGAGUUCCCAGAGAUCGAUGUGUUGCCUCCAGGUGAGACAGUCACCAUGGUUAUGGGGAUCGAUUUCUCUGAUUCCACACAGGCCGCCAACUUCCAGCUCUGCACCCACACCAGGAAGUUCUUCUUGACGAUUCAGCCACCGGUGGGGGAGUUGAUGAUGCCAGUGUUCAUGACAGAGAAUGAGUUCAAGAAGGAGCAAGGCCAGCUGACGGGCAUGAACGAGAUCACAGAGAAGCUGACCCUGGGAGAGACGUGCCAGGGCGAUGCGGCCAUUGUGCAGAGGGUCACCUCUACAGCCAGCCUUAGCCGGGUGCCCUGUGGUUCAGAGAUGAAGUGCAGGUUCGCGGGUAAGACGGUGACCAGCGGCAGCCUGGUACUCGUUACGAUUGUGACGAGAGAGCAGCUCGUGGCCCAGCUGACAGUCAACUGCGAGAAGAUGCUGAUUGGCACGAUGCUGGUGAAGGACAUCCUCCAGGCCCUUUCACAGUGACGGCCCUGACUGAGGGCCCCUCUCGUCUGCCCUCAUCCUCACAUCUUGCUCCCAAAUCUCUGCGCCCAAACACCAAGCACCCGCCCCCCCCAUUGGCAGCUCCCCCUGAGAACGGCUUCGCUUUGUGCCUGUGUGAUCGCGUAUGUCACUUCUUGUGCUUACUUUCAUUCCUACAUAAAAAUGUUCCCAUAAAAACAAAUUAUUUCCUUUUUUAUUUAUUAUGAGACAAAAAAAUGAAUUCUAUGGAAGACGGUAGAAAGCAUGCUUCAGAUAAGCACGAGGUUCCUUGAACUCGGACAACCAGCAGGGGAGAUUUUAACAUAAUAUUAAAUAGAUAGUACAGGGGUCAGUCUUACCCUUCAGGAGCCGUUAAUUGUGUGGGUUUUCGCUGCAGGUCCCUAAUUAGAUCACUAAUCAGAGGAGUGAUUGGCUGAUGAGUCCUCACACCUGGGUUUGUACAGUUGACCUAAAGGUCGUCCCAAAAACCUGCAUACACACUCUCCCUUUGCGGGUAAGAUUGGCCACCCCUGUACUAGAAUGUACAUAAAUCUCACAUUUUAAUAAUUAUAUUAUUAUUCUGCUGUUAUACAAAACAGCACAUGCAGGUGAAAUUAAAUUAGACUUAUUGGCCAAUUAAAUUUAAACCCACAGAAUAAAUGAAUACAUAUUUUCUUAAGUACAAUGACUCAAAUACAACUGUUCUAUUGCAUUAUAAAUCUCACCCAAAGUAGAAUCACUUAUUGCCUACAAAUGUUUUCAUGUGGUUAAAAAAAUAUCUGCAUCUUGUACACAAUAUGCAGUAUUAUGUGACGGCUGAAAGGGGCCCUGUUUGCGCUGAGCGGGAGCCUGAAUCGCUCAUUGUGAGGCCAGCCUGAAUGUAGCAUGUGGACCAGUGCAAAACAGCCUCAUGUAAUCGCACUGUGUUUCUAAGCUCACACGGCUGAUGCCUUUACUGGCCUCACAUCGUUUAAGGAGCCCUUUUAUGGCAAGCAGCUUCAUUAUGACCAAUGUCACAAUGUCUCUUUUCUUUCGAUUGCCCUUAUGGAAAAUGCAGCAUUUCAGUGUUUAAUCCACUUUUAGCCCCUUUCUCAGCUCUGCGUCCACUAACUCGGUGCGUUUCAGCGGCAGGACCUUUCAGCGUGCCCCUCCCCUCACACGACCCUGUCUUCAGGGGCAGGACCUUUCAGCGUGCCCCUCCCCUCACACGACCCUGCCUUCAGGGGCAGGACCUUUCAGCGUGCCCCUCCCCUCACACGGCCCUGCCUUCAGGGGCAGGACCUUUCAGCGUGCCCCUCCCCUCACACGGCCCUGCCUUCAGGGGCAGGACCUUUCAGCGUGCCCCUCCCCUCACAUAGCCCUUGCUUGACGCUUCACUCUCGUGGUUUUUUCCUUUCCUAACUGUUUUGGUCGUUCAGUGCAGUGCUGUCUCUAUUUCCCUGCAAUGACCUUGUACAUUUUUUAUCACCAUUAAUAACUGUAUUAAAAUAAUAGAUAAAUACUAAAUUCUAUGUUCUUUAGAACAAUUCUAAACAGGAAAUUAUGUCACAUGCCUCUUUUUUUUAAUACUACUUGUUUUAUAUGGUCUACAAACCCUAAAUUGUAUUGCCAUGUUACAUUGAAUAAUUCAAGACGAUUCUGUUUCUUCGGAGCAAAGAGAAUCCCGUUAGUUCAAUUCCUGCAGUUUACAGUGACGCAGACUGUGAUGCAUCUUCUGCAGAGGCAACUAGGAGGGGACUGAGCCUGCUGUAGCAGCGUGGAGACAUUACUCUGUCAUGAAGAUGUCUUCAAAAAGCUUUUGUGUGAUUCAGUUACAUGUAAGAUUUGUAGGCUCAGUAAAAAUCACAACCCUUUGAAAUCUGAAAUAAAUGUACAUUAGUGUAAUUAGCUUAGCAUCAGAUUGUAUAAUAUUUAUUAUUAUUAUUAUUAUCUGCUACUUGUGUUUUUUGUUAUGCGCAUUCUCAUGUGGAUGGAGUUUUUUUUCCCCAGGUGAGGAAAUUGAUGAGUUCCUCCUGAAAGAGUGAGAGUAUAUUGUGUCAGUAAACCCCUGCGUGAUUGUGGAAAAUGUGUCUGAGUACAGCUUUAUGACGAAAAACCAGUAUAUUAAUAAAAGGUGAAUAUGGACUGAC